UAUCAUUCAUUAAAUAUGUAAUUUGCAUAGAGGUGGAGUCUUGUACAUCCCUUAAAGGUUUUCUUUCUUUCUUUCUUUCAUCCCUGUGUCCCAGCAGGUAAUGGAGGGUAUGGCGUUGAGUGCGGGCGGCUUGCGGACUCUGCCGUGGUAUGUGGUGUGUUCUCAGGUGCUGGGGGUUACAUGUGUGGUGAUCACAGGCGUGUGGAUGGGACAUUACCGUGGAGGCUACGCCUGGGACGGCUCAGCUCAAGAGUUUAACGUCCACCCUCUCUGUAUGGUCCUCGGCCUGGUCUUCCUCUAUGGAGAUGCUGUUCUGGUUUACCGUGUCUUCAGAAAUGAGACUAAACGUUCUGUGAAAAUUCUCCACGCUCUGCUGCAUAUGAUGGCCCUCAUCAUCAGCAUUGUGGGUCUUGUGGCCGCAUUUGAUUUCCAUUCAUCGGCUAAGAUCUCUCACAUGUAUAGUCUGCACAGCUGGUGUGGCAUGCUCACUUUUGUGCUGUUUUUCCUGCAGUGGUUACUGGGACUGGGAUUUUUCCUUUUCCCAUGGGCAUCUGCUCAGUUGAGGAGCUGGUAUCUCCCUCUGCACGUCUUCUUCGGCCUGUUGCUGCUGGCCAUGUCUGUGGGAUCCUGCCUGCUGGGAAUCACAGAGAAACUGCUCUUCAGUAUCAUGCCUACUUACUCCAAGUUUGUUGCUGAGGGGGUCCUGGCAAAUAUUUUAGGCUUGUUGCUGGUGUGCUUUGGGGUCGUGGUGGGUUACGUGGUGACGAGAGAGGAUUUCAGGCGACCACCGAAUCCUGAGGAGGAGGCUCUAUCUGUGCAUUUUAAGAGCCUGUCGGAAGGAGAAAUCCCCAGCUCUCCUUAAUGUCUUAAUAUACUCCAACAACUGCCUUUCUGCCCGUGUCCUAGUAAACCUGUCAGCCAGUUCCUUUAUUUGCAGUCUUGGUAUUAUUUUGUAUUUGACACGCCCUUGUCAUAUGCACGUUAAAGCAGGAUUAAAUUACCAACAUGUAUGGAACAGAAAACAUGUUACUGUUUUUAUUAUUGGAGUAAUUAAAUGUUAUAUAUUGUUUGAUUUUUUUCAGGGUUAGGCUUUUUUUUUUUUGGAAUGAUUUCUAAUUGUUGAUAUAUUUUGUAUAUACACACAAUAUAUAUACAAUUAUAUAG